AUGGCCAACAAUACAUCCGUCCAAGUCACCGGCAACGUGGUCGAAAUCAACUUUGGCGACGACUGGGCCCAGCAGCAUCUCAAGGUCAAGACAAAUUCCAAGUCCGUCCAAAACGUGCACAUAAAAGUCGACGACCAAGAGUUUCAGGUCAGCGGCAGCGGAGAGCGCAACAACCUCAUUUUCGACCGCCAGUUGGACAAGCCAUGCAAGAAAAUUUCGGCCACGUUUACGUACCAGGCUGGGAACGGGGACAAACUCGCGUCCAAACUGAACUCUGGAGGUCCCUACGACAUUGGCCGCUAUAAAACUAUUCAUGUCGUUGCCGAGAACGGGGAUGACGCCGACUACAACGACGCGAUUUUUGAGAUUUCAGGGUACUCGAAGUGA